UCCGACUCUAUCAACGCUCACAGUUUGGCAGGUACACGUCAUCCUGUCCUCCCCACCUGAACUGCUCUCGUAUAUUAUGCCAGUUCCCCCCUCACCAGUCACUUAAUACACCGAAGCAGCUUUCGUUAUCGCCGCUUUCGUUAUUCUGCCUAUCGAUUCGGAGAUGGCUGCACACACGCUGUGGACGUUACAGGAAUAUACAGAGAUCCGAGCGGAGACAUUCUCUUAUUGAUGCCUCAGGGGGAGAAAGGAGGCUGACAUAGAUGGUUUACGUGCUGGUGACUUUUAUGGCUUCCCGUAGCCUCCCUUAGCGAUCGUUACUCCGAAUGCACGCAAGGUAGUGGAUACUCCAGCGGUAACAAUUUCAAAAUGUGUCUCCUUGCGUGUCUGAGUGAUUGUGUUGGUCGGAACGAACAAUGUGCUGAAGAGGGAUACAAUUAGCGGAUGCAAUCCACAGAUAUUCGAUCUUAUUCAGUGUGCAAGGCAUAUCACGUUUGGAGCUGGUUAAAGCUAUAUAAAUAUAGUCUCUAGUGACAGUCAUUAGACUUAUGCAUGCAAGAGAUGGACGAGGACAAAACUUACAGUUCCAUCCACACAUUUCGGUUGAGUGAUGCAGUGCUAAUAAGACCAGUUGCUCUUACCAGUGACAAUCCUUUACGAGGGAAGACAUGCCAUGAGUCAACAGACUGCUGCGGAACAAUUUUCAAGUGUACACUUGCCGAUGGCAUUGAUUUGUUUUCGGCUGUGUGAGCGAAACCACUAUGUUAUAGAUCUAUACUAGCUAUAGCUGCGGACGAAUAAACAAGCCAUCCAUUUUUUUGUGACAUGCAUUUGUAUUCUUGUGAGUAAGCAAUUGUCAUGUAGCCUAAUGAGGGACAAGGGUCGCUAUGGAAUGGUCUACACGCAGCUGCAACAGAACCAUGCAAAGAAAAGAUGCAAAUUAGGCCUUCCGACCGCCAUCCCCGUCAUUCUCUGUUGGAUUAUAGCUGUGCAGGUUUUAUUCAUGUUAUUCGGCGCCUCGACGUAUCAGUUUUCGUACGGGAUGAAGCGGAAUACUAAGGUCUACGAUGUGCUAAAUGGAAUUAACGGUUCGCUGUUAUCGAAUGCAACAACUCGAAACGCGGGUGAAAUUCUAGGCGACAUCGCGCCAACGGAACCUUACGUGCCCAUUCCCCCAAGACUUCAUCGCGAUCCCCAGGAGGCUUUAUAUUACAGACCGCGAAAGGAAUCGGUGAAUAUUCACAAUUUCACAUAUCUCAUCAACCCUGGGCCGUGUAGAGGAAGCGGAGUACCGUAUUUACUGGUGUUCGUCUUCAGUAUUUACAAUAAACAGGGCGUACGACAGGCGAUAAGGGAUACUUGGGGGAGUGUAGCAAGGACAGGGUAUUGGCCUGGUGAAGAAAUAAAGCACAAAGUGAGGGUUUAUUUUCUUCUAGGAAACUGUCCGCAAGCCUGGCGCGACAUCAUAAGAAACGAAAGUGGCGUAUACCGUGACAUCAUUCAAGAAGACUUCCAGGAAUCCUAUGCAAAUUUAACUAUCAAAUCCGUCAUGGCACUGAAGUGGACAAGGGUCUUUUGCCCGGAAGCAAACUAUGUAAUGAAAUCGGAUGACGAUAUGAUAAUAAAUAUUCCGGCUAUAUUAGAUUAUCUUGAUAAUCAUAAAGAUCUCGAGAACACAUUGAUCGGUGCUCUAAAUGGGAAGUCGAGGGUCUAUCGGGCUGGAAGAUGGGGAGUCUCAAGAAAAUCAUUCCCAUUCACGUUCUAUCCUCCAUACAUGGCAGGCAACGCGUACCUAAUGUCUGGUAAACUAGCAACUAAACUAUACGAGACUUCUAAAUACGUCGCCUUGAUAAAAAUCGAAGAUGUGUAUGUAACUGGAAUACUUCCCUAUGUUCUUGGCAAACAAGUUAAACAUAGAAAGCAUAAGGGCUUCUCGGACUGGUUGGGAAAAGUACCAAAUCACUGUGAUAUUAUGAAAAGAAGGAAACUGACUGCGACCAAGAUGACUGCUGAGAACUUGGCUACACCAGAUGCCAUCGCACACAUUUCGUCUCCUGAUGGCUUUCCCAGAGUCUGGCUCGAGACACUUAAUGACACCAGGGAGCCCUAAUAUGAAAUUGCCGUCGUCCCGAUGAAACUCAGCAUCGAUAUCAACCAGC